UAGACCGUCCCUCCUCGAGUACGGCAGGCGAGAGAGGUCAAGCACGACAGGAACAAGGACACGUGAUUGGUGGUGUUGUUUUUUUUCAGUCAAGGCGCUACAGUUUUAACAUAUUUAGCUAAAUUAAUGAAUGGCUGGCUUUAUUUUUAGAAGGCUACCCCUCCGAGGUGUCCUUUCAGCUUACACAGCCGAGAAGGCGCUGUGUGUUUCGUGGAACCGCGGUUUAAGUGUAAAGGACGAAGGGUCUUCGGAUAAACCUGGAAGAGCCAAUGCAAGUCCCAAGAUUUACACAAGGACAGGAGAUAAAGGGUUCUCUAGCACUUUCACAGGGGAGCGAAGACCAAAGGAAGAUCAGGUGUUUGAAGCUUUAGGAACUGCAGAUGAACUGACGUCAGCCAUUGGGCUGGCGAGAGAGUUCUGCGCUGAGCAGGGUCACACUUUUGUGGGGGAGCUUGACAAGAUCCAGAGUGUGCUGCAGGAUGUUGGAUCGAACAUUGCUACCCCAGUUACUUCAGCAAGAGACAGCCACAUAAAAAAAACAAGGUUUAGUGAGACGCCCGUCUCAGAUUUGGAGCAUUGGAUUGAUAAAUACACAGAUCAGCUGCCAGCCCUGACCAAUUUCAUCCUACCUUCAGGAGGGAAGAGCAGUGCUGCCCUACACCUGGCCAGAGCAGUCUGUCGGAGAGCGGAGCGCAGUGUGGCUCCGAUCGUACGAGCAGGAGAAGCUGAUCCUAGUGUUGCUAAAUAUCUUAACAGGCUUAGCGACUACUUGUUCACGCUGGCCAGGUUUGCAGCUAUGAAAGAGGGAAAGGAAGAGAUGGUUUACAGAAGAACGGUGGAGGAAUGAAAGCAGCAGGCUGGUAAGACCAGUGGAUGAGCCGUGCUUCAGCCCCCCUGCAAGGAGCAGCAGUGUGUGGCGAGCCUGACCUCUGGAGACCUCAGCCUUAUCCCCACACCACAUUGUUUGGAAUAUUUGGCUUCCUGGCAGCUGAUAUAACUGCACAGCUGAAUUAGAUUUGUAAAUAAUAUAUAUGGAUCAUGGAUCAUGUUACUCUGUGUUGGUGAUUUUUUUAAAUGUUUUGUAAUAUAUAAUACUGUACAUUUCCCAAUAAAUACAAUUCAAAGCAAGGGAAAAAUAA